GCCUUUGCACAAUUUGAUGCUGAAGGAGAUGGCACCGUAGAUGUAGAGAAUAUGCUGGAGGCUCUCAAGAAUUCUAGUGGAGCUAAUCUUCAAGGGGAGCUUAGCCAUGUAAUCAGGCAACUGCAAGCUUGUUCACUAGUUCCAGGUUUUAUUGAUAUAUUUUCUGAAUCGAAAGAGCGUCUUGGUCUUCAUGCUUCAAUGAUACUGAGGUUCUUGCACCGAAAUCGGAUUUCUAGUACUGCCAUCCCUUACCCAGCGUUGGAGUACUUCAACAAUAUCUGUACUAUGCGGUCUUCUGUAUUGAAGGAUUCUUUAGAUCGACUUCUCCUAAAAGAGAGAGAGUACCCCAGUGACUUGAAUGGUAAUCAGGAGUCGGACAAACUGAAGUCUGUCACAAAGUGCUAUACUCACAUAGAAACCUCAUCCAAUUCUGCUGAUAUUGACAAGAUGACAAAUGGAGAAACUACAUCCUUCUGGCAGUCGGAUGGGAGUGCUCGCUCGCAUUGGAUACG